AUGGAUACUAAGUCGUGUGAUGGAGCAAAGGUCCCGGUCAUCGUAGAGUUUACAGGUGGCCUUGAAUCACUUUUCUCGGAUCAGCGAAAGCACCUGGUGUCCCUACCAAGCACCGAUGAGAAUGGCCAAUCAGCAAAUCUGGCCUUCCUUGUACGAUAUCUGUGCGAGAAUCUGAUGGCGGAUAAAAGAAAAGAGAUGUUUGUCAUGGACGGCACAGUACGGCCUGGAAUCCUCGUUUUGAUCAACGACGCCGACUGGGAACUAGAAGGCGAGGAUCAGUACGAAUUGAAGAGGAAUGACAACAUCCUCUUCGUUUCUACGCUUCACGGUGGCUGA